AUAAAGGAGGCCGGGCCUCAUCGAACUACAGGUUCUUUCUCUUGUCCUGAGCAUCCAUCACUCUGUAAAUAUCUACCUACUGUACAACCUUCGCUAUCAGCCAUUUGCCUCACUUUCGUUGGAAUAAGAUAACCACAACCAAUACACCAAUCCCUACAUACCACCGAAAAUGAAGUACUCCACCGCCUUCGCCGCCCUUUCCGCCGCCGGCCUCGUCUCGGCCCAGAGCCUCGACAGUGUCCCCCAGUGCGCGCGCCAGUGCCUGGGCCCUGCCAUCAAGGAGACAGGCUGCUCCGAGACGGACGUUUCCUGCUUCUGCAAGCCCGAGAACAGGGAGAAGAUCGUCUCGGCAGGGACCGGCUGCGUUCUGCAGAGCUGCGGGCAAGAGACCGCCCUAAAGGAGGUCCUCCCCGCCAUCUCCAAGGUCUGCGAGAGCGCCUCGGGCAGCACCAACAUCAUUCUGCCCGGCACCACCAUGCCGACGACCGGGGGCGGCGCGACCGCCACCACCUCCUCGGCCGCCGCCACCGGCACCCUCGUCAGUGGCAUCCCCACGUUCCGGCCCACCGCCAGCACCACCAUGAUCAGCAUCCCCACGACCCGGCCCGGCACCAACGGCACCGGUGGCACCGGUGGCACCGGCGGCAACACCACGAGCCCCCCUCCUUCUGCCGCGGCGCCCAAGCUCAGCGGCGUCAGCGGCGUCGCCAUGCUGGCUCUGGCUUUCUUUGCCGCGUACUAAGCGAGAUGUGGGCUUGAGCCACAUGAACUGCUUCGGUCGGGGUUGUAUCAACUUUGGGGGGGCGGUCUCGAUAGAGAAACGCAGCUCCUGGGUGGGUGAUUCCCGAGAGGAACUUUCAACGGGUUGGGUUUGCGCAUGCUCCCUGCCCGCGCCAACAUACGGCGACAAUUCUUUGUAACUAUUUUCGCGUCUCAUCAGACGUAUCGCAACAGCAAGCCAUAAUAAUGAUAAUUCUAUCUGUAUCUGAACCUG